AUACUAGUGUAACUACAAUACAAUGCAAACCAAUACUACUGUAUAUAUACUGUACUAUAGACUCACCCAAUGAUGUGUUGGUCUUACAUAUUGUUUGUUUAAUUUAAUUGUAAUCACAAUUUGAUACCAUUUGAUGAUCAUUACUAUAAUUACAUUUGUUUUCAUAUAAAUUAAGUUAUAAUUUAUUUUUGMAAAUUUUAAUUAAUUUAUUUAAAAACAAUAAACAAAUGAGUAGUCGUCGCGGACAACCCGAUUGGUCGGUACCGGUCAGCGAUCGGAUCUCCAAUAAGUUGGUUCUUCAUAAUUCAUUGACCCGACAGAAGGAAGAGUUUGUGGCAAUGAAUGGUCGCACCAUUACGUGGUAUAACUGCGGUCCCACUGUCUAUGACAGCUCCCAUAUGGGACACGCAAGAAGUUAUAUCUCAUUUGAUAUCAUUAGACGAGUUCUUGAAUCAUAUUUCAAUUACGAUAUCUUCUUUGUCCAGAACGUGACAGACAUCGAUGACAAGAUUAUUCAAAGAGCUCGACAAAGAUAUUUGUUUAAACAAUACUCGGAUAAUAUCGGACAAAAUAGACAACAAUUUUUGAUUGAUAUCAAUGAAGCUAUUAAUCAAAUGAAGAGUAAGUUAGACGUUGAGACAGAUAUGGAGAAGAAGAAUAUGUUAACAAAAUUGAUAACUAAUGCCAACGAAGUUAUUAAUAAAACAAUGGAUUUAAAUGCAAUACUUGAACACAAUUGUAUCUCCGAUGUGUUGUCUCAAUGGUUGGAUCGUAUUAAAGGUCAUGAAGUUAAUGAUAAUUCAAUAUUUCAAUCUCUGUCCCGAAAAUUUGAAGACGAAUAUAAUGAAGAUAUGAAAGCAUUGAAUAUCUUAGCUCCCGAUGCCAUCACUAGAGUUUCAGAAUUUAUACCCGAAAUCAUUGAAUACAUAGAAGUUAUCAUAAAAAACGGAUUCGCUUAUGAAUCAAACGGAUCCGUAUAUUUCGAUACAAAUAAAUUCAAUUCAUGUGAUCAACAUUUUUACGCCAAAUUAGUUCCCGAAGCUUUUGGUGACAGUAAAGCCUUAGCUGAAGGAGAGGGCGAUCUGUCACAUGUGUCAGAUAAAAGAAAUGUCAACGACUUUGCUCUUUGGAAGAACUCCAAACCCGGUGAACCAUUUUGGUCAUCACAAUGGGGUAAUGGACGUCCCGGAUGGCAUAUUGAAUGUUCGGUGAUGGCCAGUUCAGUAAUUGGUCGACAAAUGGACAUACAUUCGGGUGGUAUUGAUCUAAGGUUUCCACAUCACGACAAUGAGAUGGCACAGGCAGAGGCUUAUUAUAACACAGGAAAGCCAUGGAUUAACUAUUUUUUACAUUCUGGACAUUUGACUAUAUCUGGUUGUAAAAUGUCUAAAUCACUUAAGAACUUCGUUACAAUCAAAGAGGCCCUAAAACGCAACACUUGGAGACAAUUGAGAUUUGCUUUUCUGUUACAUUCUUGGAAAGAUACCCUCGAUUACAGCGACAAUACUAUGAAUGAUGCCAUCAAUUUUGAAAAGUUUGCAAAUGAAUUUUUUCUGACGGUUAAAGACUUGAUUCGCACGAGUGAUAAGUCUAUUGUGAAGUGGACUGAAAAGGAGAUCUCAUUAAACAAAAAAUAUCAUGAUUUAGUCAAUAAUAUUGACUUUGCAUUGUGUAAUAAUAUCGAUACUCAGACUGCAUGUAAACAUAUUAAGGAACUGAUAACUGCCACCAAUUCGUACCUUCAGGAGUGUCCAAAAUCACCGAACAUAACACUCAUUACAAAUAUUGCCGGUUAUAUAACAUCGAUAUUUAAUGUUUUUGGUGUCGGGUCUAAAAGUCAUGGCUUGGGAUUUGCAAAUGAGAGUUCUGAAAGUAGCGAUAGAGAGGCAAUAGUUAUGCCAUUUUUAGAAAUAAUUGCAAAUUUAAGAGAAACUUUCCGAAUCAAAGCAAAAGAAUUGGCAAAUAAAGAUUUGUUAACAAUUUGUGAUCAAUUACGUGAUGAUGUACUWCCAAAUGUUGGCGUACGUCUUGAAGAUUGUGAAGUGGGUGAUGGACUAACCAAAACUAGACUCAAACUCGUCGAUAAAGAAAUUUUAAUGAAAGAAAGAGAAGAAAAAAUAAAAGCACAAGAAUUUAAAGACAAAGAAAAAGAGAGGAAACUCAAAGAGAAACUAUUGGCUGAAUCAAAAAAAGAAGAAGAAAGCAAAUUGUGUCCAUUGGUUAUGUUUAAGACUGAAAUCGAUAAAUAUUCACAAUUUGAUGACAAAGGGUUACCAACUCAUGACAAUGAAGGCAAAGAGUUAACCAAAUCUGCACUCAGAAAGGUAUCAAAACUCUACUCAUUGCAGGAAAAGAAACACAAUCUCUACAAACAAUGCACUAAAUGUCAGGCUAUUUGAAUCAAAGUAAU